GGGAUUGGCCGAGCGGGCUCGGCAUCAGCAGCGCGGAGGGGUCGCUCCCACCUCCCCACGCCAGCCCGCAUCCCGGGGCACCAGGAGAGCGGCUGCAGCAGGGGGAACCUGGAGCCCCAGCCAGCGGGCGCCGCUAGCCAGGCUGCAGCAUCCCCGAGCCGGCGCGCGGCUCCGCAGCUCCCCGCGGGUCUCGGUGCAGCAGGAUCCCCCCGAUGGCCGGCCGCCUGGCGUGCUGGCUGCUGCUCUGGGCGCUGGGGCAGGGGGGCUGCCACACGCUCCCCGCGGAGGAGGAAAGUGCCAGCCGCAAGCCCAGGCCCCCUGCGGCUCCCCUGGCCAUCGCCUCCCCCAGCAGGGACCCCCCGGGGGGCUCUUCGCCUUCCCCGGCGCUGGGCAGCCUCGCUCAGGACGCGGUAGCUGUCCACAUGCUUAAACUCUACGAGAAGUACAGCCGGGAAGGCAGCCGGCCUGGGGACGGCAACACGGUGCGCAGCUUCAAAGCCAGGCUGGAGCUAUUGGACCAGAAGCCCCUGUACUGCUUCAAUCUGACGUCCAUGCAGGACUCAGAGUUGAUCCUCACUGCCACAUUCCACUUUUACUCGGACAAGCGCCCCCGGCACCGGGAAGUGUUCUGCAAACGCUCCAAGAACUCAUCCUGCCGCCUCCUCCACUUGCCCCAGAUCCCACGGCUCAGCCUUAUUUUCCGAAGCAUUCUCCAGAACUCCGCCUAUGGGCUGGUGAAAGGCAAUGUCACGGUGUUCCUCCACAGGCGAAGGGCUUGGCAGAUGAAGGACAUCUCCCACAUCAUAAAGGAAUCUAAACGGGAUGGUGAGCUCAUCCUCUGUGUGGAGCUUGACUCUGGAGAGAAAUACCAGGGCUUCCCCAAACAGCAAACCAAUCACUUACCGUACAUACUGGUUUAUGCUAAUGACCUGGCCAUAUCAGAACCCAACAGUGUGGCCGUGACUCUACAGCGAUAUGACCCGUUCCCUUCAAGCGAUGGGGAUCCCAGCCUAUCCCCCAAUGCCUCCACAGACACCCGGGUCAGGAGGGACAUAUUUCUUUCCAGCUCUAUCCAGAACAACGAGCUGCCGGAGGUGGAAUAUAACAACAACAAAUACAACAAACAUGACAUAUGGGAAAGUGCCUACAAGUCCCUAAAACCCAAAACCUCACGCAAGGACCGGAGGAGGAAAGGGCAAGAAAACACAGAGGUGCUCUCAAAAUCUCAGAUGCUAAAUUUUGAUGAGAAAACCAUGAAGAAAGCCAGACGAAAACAAUGGAACGAGCCCAGGAUUUGCUCUAGAAGAUACAUGAAAGUGGACUUUGCCGACAUUGGCUGGAAUGAAUGGAUCAUAUCUCCCAAGUCAUUCGAUGCAUAUUACUGUGCUGGGGCUUGCGAGUUUCCAAUGCCCAAGGUAGUAUGA